UCUAAUCACUAUAUAAACUCCUCUAAUCAGCUCCAAUUUCAUUCUCAUUCCCUAUUAGAUUCUUCUUCUUUCUUCUUGAAAUUCUUCGAUUCAAUCCCUCUGCAAUUCCGAGAAAACCAUGGCCUCCAACAACGCUCUCCCCUCCACCGGCACCGGCCUCAUCGUCAGCUUCGGCGAGAUGCUAAUCGACUUCGUCCCCACCGUCUCCGGCGUCUCCCUCGCCGAGGCUCCCGGCUUCCUCAAAGCCCCCGGCGGCGCUCCCGCCAACGUCGCAAUCGCCGUCACCAGGCUCGGCGGCAAGGCCGCCUUCGUCGGAAAACUUGGCGACGAUGAGUUCGGCCACAUGCUCGCCGGAAUCUUGAAGGAGAACGACGUCGUUGCCGACGGUAUCAGCUUCGAUCACGGCGCGCGGACCGCCCUCGCCUUCGUCACGCUAAAAGCCGACGGCGAGCGCGAGUUCAUGUUCUACAGGAAUCCCAGCGCCGACAUGCUCCUCACGCCGGAAGAUCUCAAUCUUGAACUCAUCAGAUCUGCAAAAGUGUUCCACUAUGGAUCCAUAAGCUUGAUAGUGGAGCCAUGCAGAUCAGCUCACCUGAAGGCAAUGGAAGUUGCCAAGGAGGCAGGGUGCCUUCUCUCUUAUGAUCCGAACCUCCGGCUACCCUUGUGGCCCUCGGCGGAGGAAGCCCGGAAGCAAAUACUCAGCAUAUGGGACAAGGCUGAUGUGAUCAAGGUCAGUGAUGUGGAGCUGGAAUUCCUAACAGGGAGUGACAAAAUUGAUGACGCCUCUGCUCUCUCCCUGUGGCACCCAAAUUUGAAGUUACUCCUGGUAACUCUUGGUGAAAAUGGCUCCAGAUACUAUACCAAGAAUUUCCAUGGAUCAGUGGAGGCUUUCAGUGUCAACACAGUUGAUACAACUGGCGCUGGUGAUUCCUUUGUUGGCGCUCUGCUGUGCAAGAUUGUAGAUGAUCAAUCCAUACUUGAAGAUGAACCAAGAUUAAGGGAAGUGCUUAAGUUUGCAAAUGCUUGUGGAGCAAUUACAACCACUAAGAAGGGUGCUAUUCCAGCUCUCCCCACAGAGGCUGAUGCUCUCAACCUGAUCAAGGAGGCAUAGAAAUUUCGUGCUAGGCAGCUAGUAUAUAGAUUAGAUGAGAACAAUUAGUUAUAAUGAUAGUUUGGGAACAUUUUUAUUAGAUGUGUAAAUGUGAUGAUACCAAUCUUCAUCACUUGGUUUUGACUUGCUAAGUUGUUAUCUCUUUCAGUUUUUUGUUUACUUUCUGCAUUUUUGAUCAGUUGCUAA